ACUGCUUCAAAAAUUCCUCAGCCUUGUUCGCAAGAGGAAAUGAUUGAGCAGCGGAAUCUUGUUCUUAUCGUCUUCCUUAUUGUUUUCCAGUGCUUAUUGAUAUCAUCAAAUGGCGAGAGCUUUGAUUAUCCGACUGCAAACCUUUCUACAACUUGGGUGAACAGUUUCUCAGCUCCCCAUUCAGUUAACUUCUCAGACGGGUCAAAGGUGAGAGCCAUUCUGGUCAGAGGAAGUUAUGGUCCCAAAUUUGCCUGUGGGUUCUUCUGCAAUGGAUCCUGCGAUGGAUCUCUCUUCGCCAUCUUCAUUGUUCAAACCAAUAGUGCUUCAGGGAUUACCCUACCCAGCAGCGGGUUCCCGCCAGUUGUGUGGUCCGCUAAUCGGGCCAACCCGGUUGAUGUCAAUUCCUCCCUGCAGCUCACACCGGACGGGGAUUUGGUUUUGAGGGCCUCUGAUGGCACUUCCGUUUGGUCCACAAACACUGCCGGAAAGUCGGUCACCGGCUUGAACUUGACAGAAACAGGAAACCUUCUUCUCCACGACGCAGGCGGGGCCAUUAUCUGGCAGUCCUUUGAUCAUCCGACCGACGCUUUGGUUCCUCAGCAGAAACUCAUUUCAGGGCAGAAGUUGACCGCUACUAGUAAUCGAGGUGGGUUUAGUUUUUCUCUUGUGGUCAAUAAUGAUGGCAUGUUUGCUUCUAUUGAAUCCAAUCCUCCACAAGUAUAUUCUGAUUUUAGUGUUUAUGGGAAAAAGGAUAGUAAAGAAGCAAGCUAUGUUAAGUUUCAAAAUGGUAGCUUAGAUUUGUACAUUCAUUCUUCCGAGCCAAGAGUACCCGAUAGUUCAAUACGCUUUCCUCAAGCUUUAUCAGCUCAAUACAUGAAGCUUGAGCCGGAUGGACACUUGAGGGUUUACGAAUGGAGAAACGGGUGGCAACAGGUGGCCGAUUUACUCACAGGUUAUCUAGGGGAUUGUAAAUAUCCCUUGGUUUGUGGGGAGUAUGGCAUGUGCUCAAGCGGGCAGUGUGCUUGUCCUAGAUCAAGAAACGAUUCGACAAUCUACUUUACACCGGUUGAUGACAUGCAACUGAAUUAUGGAUGUUCCCGCGUUAAUCCUCUCAUAUGUAAUUCUUCUUCUAGGUACCAUAGUUUCGUCGAGCUUCACGAUAUGACCUACUUCACAUUUGAAGCUCACAUCAAUGUUUCAGACAUGAACCGCUGUAAAAAUGCUUGUCUUGCUAACUGUUCGUGCAAGGCUGCUGUUUUUCAGUAUGGUUCCGAUCCCACCACAGGAGAAUGCUAUUUGCCCAAUGAGGUGUUUUCGAUGAUGAAGAUCGAAAAGGAUAAGAUGCAUUAUAACUCUUCUAUAUUUCUUAAAGUACAACUCUCACCUUCUCCUCUUGAUGCCAAAACUUCUCCUGGUGCCAAAUCUAAAAUUCCUCUGAUCUUAGGGCUAACUCUUGGAGCUUUUGCUCUACUGCUGAUUUUAAUUACUUUGACGGUGUUCAUAAGUCGGAAGAAGAAAGGUGGUGAAAUGGAUGGGGAUUAUUUAGAAUUUGUAUCGGGGAUGCCAACAAGAUUUUCUUUUGAUGAUCUGAAAACAGCUACACAGAACUUCAGUUUGAAGCUUGGGGAGGGAGGAUUUGGCUCAGUGUUUCAAGGGUCACUUAAAGACGGGACAAAGGUCGCAGUGAAAUGGCUUGAUGGAAUAGGGCAAGUGAAGAAAUCGUUUCUUGCCGAGGUUGAAACAAUGGGUAACAUUCAUCAUGUCAAUCUGGUGAGGUUGGUGGGCUUCUGUGCUGAAAAUUCUCACAGGCUUUUGGUUUAUGAGUACAUGGUGAAUGGAUCAUUAGAGAAGUGGAUCUACAAGGGAAGCCAAGAACCUAGUGUUGAUUGGAAUUGCAGGAGGAAAAUAGUGGUUGACAUAGCCAAAGGAUUGUCCUACCUGCAUGAAGAUUGUAGGCAAAAAAUACUCCACCUGGAUAUCAAGCCCCAAAACAUUCUUCUUGAUGAAAACUUCAAUGCAAAACUGUCGGACUUUGGGCUGGCUAAACUUAUCUCUAGGGAUCAAGCUGAAGUUGUUACCACCAUGAGAGGCACUCCUGGCUAUCUGGCUCCCGAAUGGCUAUCCUCAAUCAUAACAGAAAAGGUGGAUGUAUAUAGCUUCGGCAUUGUUGUGUUGGAGAUCCUGUGUGGGAGAAAAAAUUUCGAGCGAUCCAAGGCGGAGGAGCAAAUGCAUCUACUUAGCCUUUUCAAGAGUAAAGCCGAGGAAGGAAACGCGUUGGACAUAAUUGAUGACAUGCAAUUUAAUGAGAGUGAAGUUGUGCAGAUGUUGAGAGUAGCUUCUUGGUGUCUACAAAGUGAUUAUGUUAAAAGGCCUUCAAUGUCAAUGGUAGUCAAUGUUCUGGAGGGCCUUGUUGAUGUUGACAUUAAUGUGGACCAUAAUGGCUUGCUAAAUCCACAACACCACCCUGUGCCUCCACAUAUUGGCUAUGUAGAUACCACUCAGUCCACUCCUUUGGUUGCUUCAGUUCUAUCAGGACCUAGAUGAUAAGAGGCUCUUACCUAAGUUCAGGCCUAUUUGCCACUUUCCUCAAGCCCCAUCUUUUUAGGGGGAAAAACCAGAUCAAUUUAUACAUAUUUCGGGGUUAACUUUUGAUAAAAAGUUCAAAGACCGAUGUAAUGUUCCUAAUCUUGGACUAUGAAAUGAGUGUGUUUAAUUUGUCAACCACCGAGGAUUUUUUCAUUUGGAUUAAAAAAAAUUGUUUUAAUUUAUUUAAAUUUGAACUGAUCUGUCUAAGACUGAUUUAAACUAG